UGCCACACAUGUUCACUGCUGUGUCCCUUUCAAGCUGCUGGAGGGGCUUAGCCGCAGAGAGCCCUAAGGAAUGCCAAAACGUCCACUCUUUCCCUUGUGUCAACUACAACAGCUCUAUCGCUGAACGGAAGUACCCAAGUCAAUCAGGCAGCAGGGCUGCUGGAGACAUCAACCUGCACCCACGCGUCCCGGUUUCAAGAGUUUCACGGGUUUCAUGGGGUUUCCUGGUUUCACAGAAGACAGCACUGCUGUUCUAUGACAUGCAAAUAAGAAAUGGAAUAUUUCCUGCCGUAUCAGUAAACGACGGAUGUCACAGUCAUCAGCAAUUGCAGCCACCGCCGAUGAUGAGCUGCUGAGACCUGCGGGAACGCAGGAGGGAAGGGCUACCUGCCAUAUAGCAGCCAUCACACUGCAGCCACUCCAGACAUUAUGGAGACCAACGAAGGGACCAGAGCAGAUUCCUCCCCUUCACCUGAACUCUACAAGGAUCUGGAGCCUUAGUAAUCAGCAGAGGCGACUUGUGCCUGCCCACUCACCUCUUGGAGGAGUCCAGACAAAUCUGGGACCGUCUCCAGAGUGGAUGGUCCGACACACCCUGACCCCAGGGGACCUGAGGGACCUCCGAGUGGAGCCUAUUAAAAGCAGUGUUGACCUGGAGGACUCUUCAAUUUUGAUGAACAUAAGCUGGAUACUCCGGGCAGAUGCCAGCAUCCGCUUGUUGAAGGCCACCAAGAUCUGCGUGAUGGGCAAAAGCCACUUCGAGUCCUACAGCUGCGUCAGGUGCAAUUAUACCCAGGCCUUCCAGACUCAGACCAGACCCUCCGGUGGCAAAUGGAUGUUUUCCUACAUUGGUUUUCCUGUCGAACUGAACACAGUCUAUUUCAUUGGGGCCCAUAACAUCCCCAAUGCAAAUAUGAAUGAGGACGGCCCCUCCAUGGCUGUGAACUUCACCUCCCCAGGGUGCCUGAACCCCAUAAUGAAAUAUAAAAAAGAGUGCAUCGAGGCAGGAAGUCUGUGGAAGCCAAACAUCACCGCUUGCAAGAAGAGCGCGAACACAGUGGAAGUGAAUUUUACCACCAGUCCCCUUGGAGACAGAUAUAUGGCGCUCAUCCAAAACACCACCGUGAUUGGGACUUCCUAUGUGUCAGAGAAGGAACUAACUCGAACUUCCAUGGUGGUUCACGUGACUGGGGAAAGUGAAGGUGCUGUAGUCCAGCUGACUCCGUAUUUCCGUACCUGUGGCAACGACUGCAUUCGACAAAGAGGAACCGUGGUGCGCUGCCCACAAAUGGGAGUCUCUUCUCCUCAGGAUCAUGACAGAAGUGUGCUGGGUGGCUGGCUGCCUCUCCUCCUGUCCGCUCUGCUUGUGGCCACAUGGGUGCUGGUGGCUGGCAUCUAUCUGACCUGGAGGCACGAACGGAUCAAGAAGACUUCCUUCUCAGCUGCCACGCUACUGCCCUCUAUUAAGGUUCUUGUGGUUUACCCUUCUGAAAUAUGCUUCCAUCACACAGUUUGUUACUUCACUGAAUUUCUUCAAAACCGCUGCAGAAGUGAAGUUAUCCUUGAAAAGUGGCAGAAAAAGAAAGUAGCUGAGAUGGGUCCUGUGCAGUGGCUUACCACUCAGAAGCAAGCAGCGGAUAAGGUCAUUUUCCUUCUCUCCAAUGAUAACUCCAUGUGUGAUGGUGCCUGUGACAAGAACGAGGGCGGCCCCUGUGAGAACUCCCAAGACCUGUUCCACCUCGCCUUUAACCUCUUCUGCAGUGAUCUGAGAAGCCAGGCUCAUCUGCGCAAAUACGUGGUGGUCUCCUUCAGAGAGGGCGACAUCAAAGAAGACUACAGCGCGCUCAGGGCCUGCCCCGCGUACCGCCUCACGCGGGACGCUGCAGACCUCUGCGCGGAGCUCCUCCACGCCAAGCGGCGUGUGUCGGUGGGGAGAAGGCCGCGCGCCUGUCACUACAACUGCCUCUCCCUGUAGCCCAGCCACAAAGCAGGAGACCUUAAAGCCUUCUGACCCCUCCAGUCACAGGGGAAAAAGUGUCUGUGAGAAUCUGAAGUUUACCAUAUAGGCUACUUGCAGGGAGGAUUACAGCUGCACCUUGAACAACCCAAGGGUGCUGACCCCUCUGCCGCUGAAAAUCCAGGGAAAACCUCACAGUCCAUCAUGUGUACCCGGGGCUCAACCAUCUGCAGAUGUGUCAUACGUUAUUUACUGAAAAAACUGCGCAAAUGAAUGUAGCUGCCCAGUUCAAACUUGUAUUGUUCAAGAGUCAACCAUAUGUAUAUCUGCUUGAGCAAAAGGAAUAGGGAGGAUUUACAAUGGAAUACAUAACACCUUAAUCUAGUAAUUAAACGUUAAACCAAUAAAAUUGUUAUUACUAAAGACUGUGGCAUUAAAGAAUGGAAACUAAA